CAAAGGCUUUGUGAAACCACACAGCUCUGAGGUUCCUCACUGACAUGGAGCAUUUGGUCUUGGUGGUUCUUGGGUUGCUGCUCUCUCUUCAUCAGGCUCACAGCAACAGGAGAGACGACACUUCCAACUGCAAGCCGGUCACAGCCAGCUUCUGCCAAGGUGUGGGAUACACCAGCAGCCUCCACCCAAGCGGAGUCUCUGGCUACACCCUGCAGGAGGUGGGUCAGAUCGUGGAGACGGCCUGUUCCCCAGAAGUGGCCACAGUCCUGUGCCGCGUGGUUGUGCCUGAAUGCAGCUCGGAGGACGACGUGCGGCUGAAGCCGUGCAGAGCUCUCUGUGAGAAGGUCAAGGCAGACUGUGAGCCUGCGCUCAAAGCAGGGAGGCUGUACUGGCCCUCGAGGCUCCGCUGCGACGCUCUACCCGAGUCGAACUGUGUCCAGGGUCGAGUGGCUCCAACCUCCCGUCCGCCCUGCGAGCCCAUCACUGUCCCCCUCUGCUCAGGCCUGCCUUACACAGAAACCAUGCUUCCCAACGCACUAGGCCACACGAGCCAGGAGCAGGCAGGCCUGGAGGCACAGCAGUACUCUCCACUAGUCAGGGUUGGCUGCUCCCCCCAUCUGAAGCGCUUCCUGUGCUCCCUGUACACGCCGAAGUGCGUGUCGGGACACAAGCCGCUGCCUCCGUGCAGGAGUCUCUGUGAGCAGGCCCUGUCUGGCUGCAGGUCGCUCAUGUCCAAGACUGGUUUCACCUGGCCACAAUCCUUCCACUGUGAAUCAUUCCCCACGGAGUCCUGUGAACAGGGGGAGGAGGCCAGUCCUGUGAUGCCCACGUCCCCAGCUACAUGCCAGGCCAUCUCCGUGCCUCUCUGCUCAGACCUGCCCUACACGCAGACCAUGCUGCCCAAUCUUCUCGGCCACACGAGCCAGGGCGAUGCAGCUCUGGAAAUGCAUCAGUUUUACCCGCUGGUCAAAGUUGGGUGCUCCCCUUACCUGAAGCUCUUCCUGUGCUCCGUCUACACUCCCGAGUGUGUGUCUGGGAAAACCCAGCCUCCCUGCAGGGCGCUGUGUGAGCAGGCACGGUCCGGCUGCGAGUCGCUCAUGAACAAGUUCGGCUUUCAGUGGCCUGAACGUUUGCAGUGUAACGGGUUUCCCACAGAACCCUGUGGACAUUACGGCGUGAGUGGCAGCGGGGGCAUCUGUGAGCCCAUCACCAUCCCCAUGUGCCAGGGCCUGUCCUACAACCAGACCAUCAUCCCCAACCUGCUGGGACACACCAGCCAAAGGGAAGUCUUAACCAAGAUGUCCUUCUUCAACUCCAUGGUGCAGACCGUGUGCCCGCUGGACAUCCGCCUCUUCCUGUGCAGGGUGUACGCCCCCCAGUGUGUGGCUGGAGAAGUGCAGAAGCCCUGCAGGUCUUUCUGUGACAAAGCCCGUCAGGGCUGUGAGAGCCUGAUGUCCAGCUUUGGAGUCUCAUGGCCAGAGGAGCUGCAGUGUAAUAAGUUCCCAGUGGAAAAGUGCAUAUCUGAAGACAGACGGGAGGAGAUGAACGCUGAAGCUGUUCUUUCCAGACUUAAUGCUGGUGGUUAUUCUGUUCAAGGCAAAUCUCUGAGUCUGAAGACGGUUCAGCUUCUGCUGGCGCUCAUGGACACAGACAAGUCAGGAGAUGUGAAUGCAGUGGAGUUCUUCAAACUGGAGCACUUUGUGGCCGUCAUCAGACGCGAGUACGUGGAGAGCUACGUGAAGAGUCCGCCCUCCCUCCCUCAGAUGAAAACGGCUCUGUCUGCCCGCGAUUUCAGUCUGGAUGAUGAAACGGUCAGAAUUCUGUGGCAUGAAUACGGCUCCACAGAUGGGAUUGACUACGACAAGUAUGUGGCGCUGCUGGCAAAGCUUCAGAUACUCAAAGAGCGUUUCUGGGCCCACAUCAUGAAUUUGCCGUGUGACUGUCAAGUAGCCAGUUUCUCUUUCAAACAGGUGAGUUUAAAGGAUUUGAAUGUCGCCAGUGUGUGAAUCAUGUGUCAUAACGAUAGUUAUCAUUGAAUCAUGCAUUGGAAUUUAACCUCUGCCUUAGACUCAUUCUCACUUUCAUUGGGUCUGUACCAAAAACCUUAAUUUACAAUGUGUACAAGAAUAACAAAUUUACAACAACGUUCCAUGGAGAAUACAUGCAUGUGUCAUACAUGAACAUUUACCAGCAAUAUGACAUCUGCUCUCAUAGAAACAUUAUAAACAACUAAGCUUACUUUAUUUCUGUAUUUGCCACAAUUCUAACUCUACAAGUCAAAAAUUAAUAUAAAAGAUGAAGAUGGGCUCUUACCCUGCUCAUGUGUUCAUAGUUAGUAGAUGCUGACAAUACACUGACAAUAUACAGUAUCGUUAUAAUUAACAAAUGUUAAUAAAUUUCAAUGCCUGAUUUAGCAUUUUUCUAUUCCCAGUUUAUGAAAUCAGCGAUAAUCUGAGGAUGAGACUGAAGCUGAGCUAGAAGAAGCAAAUCCAGAAACAAAGUGCAGAAACAAGACCUCAGGACAAACGCAUGUUAUAGCUCACAUAACCUCCGUUUUAAAAAUGAAAAAUAAAAGCUUUCUUUGAAAGAUUUCACAACGCU